CCCCCUGCUCCCAACAGCGUAACCGCCGCUCGGGCUUCUCUCCCUCCCUUUCCCUCCCUUUCCCUCCCCUUCGGCCGCCGCCGCCGUAGGGACCUGAAGAGAGGCGCCGCCUCCGCCGCCGCGCACGGAGCCAUGUACCCGGGAGCCAGCACCGCCGGACCCGUGCUUGCACCUCCUCCACCGUUGCCACCACCAGUACAGGGAUAUGCCUUCAAACCUCCUCCUCGCCCAGAUUUUGGGACUUCUGGGAGAACAAUCAAACUGCAGGCCAACUUCUUUGAAAUGGACAUUCCUAAAAUAGAUAUCUACCAUUAUGAGUUGGAUAUAAAGCCAGAAAAAUGUCCAAGAAGAGUUAACAGAGAAAUAGUGGAGCAUAUGGUUCAGCACUUUAAAACACAGAUUUUUGGGGAUCGCAAGCCAGUGUUUGAUGGAAGAAAAAACCUUUAUACAGCUAUGCCACUUCCCAUUGGAAGAGAUAAACAGGUGGAGUUGGAGGUCACGUUGCCAGGGGAAGGGAAGGACAGAAUAUUUAAGGUGGCCAUAAAGUGGAUGUCCUGUGUGAGUUUGCAGGCAUUGCAUGAUGCUCUUUCUGGCCGGCUGCCGAGCGUCCCGUUUGAAACCAUCCAGGCACUGGAUGUCGUGAUGAGGCACUUGCCUUCCAUGAGAUAUACUCCAGUGGGGAGAUCUUUUUUUACAGCAUCAGAAGGGUGCUCAAAUCCAUUAGGUGGUGGCAGAGAGGUUUGGUUUGGAUUCCAUCAAUCAGUCAGACCUUCCUUAUGGAAAAUGAUGUUAAACAUUGAUGUAUCGGCAACUGCAUUUUACAAAGCACAGCCAGUUAUUGAGUUUGUAUGUGAAGUUUUGGAUUUCAAAAGCAUUGAAGAACAACAAAAACCUCUGACAGAUUCCCAAAGGGUAAAGUUUACCAAAGAAAUAAAAGGUCUAAAGGUGGAGAUAACACACUGUGGACAAAUGAAAAGAAAGUACAGAGUGUGCAAUGUCACCAGACGACCAGCAAGUCACCAAACAUUCCCACUUCAGCAGGAGAAUGGACAAACAGUUGAAUGCACUGUAGCUCAGUAUUUUAAGGACAGGCACAAAUUAGUUUUACGCUAUCCUCACCUUCCAUGUUUACAAGUUGGGCAGGAGCAGAAGCACACGUACCUUCCUCUUGAGGUGUGCAACAUAGUGGCAGGACAAAGAUGCAUCAAAAAACUCACUGACAAUCAAACUUCCACUAUGAUUCGAGCAACUGCCAGAUCAGCACCUGACCGUCAGGAAGAGAUCAGCAAAUUGAUGCGGAGCGCGAGUUUUAACACCGACCCUUACGUUCGUGAAUUUGGGAUAAUGGUGAAGGACGAAAUGACAGAUGUGACUGGUAGAGUCCUCCAGCCUCCCUCAAUCCUCUAUGGAGGCAGGAAUAAAGCAAUUGCUACACCAGUUCAAGGAGUUUGGGACAUGAGAAAUAAACAGUUUCACACUGGAAUUGAAAUAAAGGUUUGGGCAAUUGCAUGCUUUGCUCCCCAGCGCCAAUGCACUGAGGUGCAUCUUAAGACUUUCACAGAGCAACUGAGGAAGAUUUCCAGAGAUGCAGGAAUGCCAAUCCAAGGGCAGCCAUGCUUUUGUAAAUAUGCCCAGGGAGCUGACAGCGUGGAGCCCAUGUUCAGGCAUCUCAAGAACACCUACACCGGUCUGCAGCUCGUUGUAGUAAUUUUACCAGGAAAAACACCAGUCUAUGCGGAGGUGAAGCGUGUUGGUGACACAGUGCUGGGAAUGGCUACGCAGUGUGUUCAGAUGAAGAAUGUGCAGAGAACAACACCUCAGACUCUGUCUAACCUCUGCUUAAAAAUAAACGUCAAGUUAGGAGGUGUAAAUAAUAUUUUACUGCCACAGGGGAGACCACCAGUAUUCCAACAGCCUGUCAUAUUCCUUGGUGCAGAUGUAACCCAUCCUCCAGCUGGAGAUGGAAAAAAGCCCUCCAUUGCUGCAGUUGUAGGAAGCAUGGAUGCUCAUCCCAAUCGCUACUGUGCCACUGUUCGGGUCCAGCAGCACCGCCAAGAAAUCAUCCAAGAUUUGGCUGCCAUGGUCAGGGAGCUGCUGAUUCAGUUCUACAAAUCAACCAGAUUCAAACCGACUCGUAUCAUUUUCUACAGAGAUGGAGUUUCUGAGGGGCAGUUUCAGCAGGUUCUCCAUCAUGAAUUGCUGGCUAUCAGAGAAGCAUGUAUUAAACUAGAGAAGGAUUACCAGCCUGGAAUUACAUUUAUAGUUGUGCAGAAAAGACAUCACACCAGACUCUUCUGUACAGAUAAAAAUGAGCGGGUUGGAAAAAGCGGGAACAUUCCAGCUGGUACCACAGUGGACACAAAAAUCACCCAUCCAUCGGAGUUUGACUUCUACCUGUGUAGCCACGCUGGUAUUCAGGGAACAAGCAGACCUUCACAUUACCACGUCCUCUGGGAUGACAAUCGUUUCUCUUCAGAUGAGCUGCAGAUUCUUACCUACCAGCUGUGUCAUACGUACGUACGCUGUACUCGUUCAGUUUCCAUCCCUGCACCAGCAUAUUACGCACACCUGGUUGCCUUCAGAGCCAGGUAUCAUCUGGUGGAUAAAGAACAUGACAGUGCUGAAGGCAGCCACACUUCGGGUCAGAGUAAUGGCAGAGAUCAUCAAGCACUUGCAAAAGCAGUUCAGGUUCACCAGGACACGUUGCGCACGAUGUACUUUGCUUGACAUGUUUCAAUGUUCAGCGACUCAGUACAGCACUGAGUUGGAUUCACGUGAGACCAGCUGCACUUAGACCAACAGUUGCCCAAGCUCCAGUGACAGCCAGCAAUGAGUGAUGUAUCUUCAUUUUCAUUUUUCCCCCCUUUUUGCAAGAAAGCCUUCCGUCCAGAAUUUCAGACUUGGUUAUGAACUGCAUUCUUCUACAAAGCCCCACGAUUGUUGGAAAUGUGGUUUGCCAAAAUCUCUUAAGCUGCCUGUUAUAAAACAGACCCAUAUUUUAUAAUUAAAUCAAGAGCUGUGAUCUCAGGGCUUAGGGGAAAAAAACAAAACACAAAACUCUUCAUUGUUUGCUAUUCAUUUAAUUGCUUUUAAUAAUUUGGAGAGAUCUAAUUUGUACUAAAGUUAAUGGGCUAAAAUGCUGUGAAUUAGCUUUUAAUACGAAGGAAAGCAGAGCAUUUUUUGACUAUUCAUGAAGCCUUGGUUUCAUUCUAGAUGCAUUUCCAAAAGUUUUAUUUUCAAAAGAAAAGAAUGACAAAAUCCUGCUUUCCAGCUGUCUUACAAAGAUUUUUUCUCUGCGUGUCUAAGGGCAAAUGUAUUUUCUGAAGCUUGUUCUUGAAUGUUUUUUAUUGUGCUGCAUUUAAAAAUGUUUUUCAUAGACUAAAGAAGAAUUUUAAAGCAGAAUGAACGAACUUGUACCUGAACUUUUAAUAGGCGCAGUCAGAUUGGCAGAAGAAGAGGUGCCAUUUUUAAGAAAAGCAAAAGAAUUUAAGGUUGUUGUUUUUUUGUUUUUUUUAAAUCAUACUGACAGCUAACUUUAGAAUUUGUCAUACAGGACUGUGACACUCUCCAAAGUCUCUAAGGAAUACGGGUCUGUGGUGAUAAAUACAGUACAAUCCUCUUUCACUGUUAUGUUUGAAUUAAUGUAAAUUUUAUAUGUGUUUCACAGUAUUAAUGUGAUAGACUAGAUGCUAUUAUUUAUUUUUAUUUACUAAGGAGUGCUCAUUAUACUUCUGUUAACAUAUCAAGAAUGCUUUGGAUUUAGAAAUUAAAACCUUAUCGUGAGGACAUUACUAUUCAAAAGCAAAAAUAUGCAAUUGACUUUGAUGCGAGAGUUGAGAGCUGCGUACAGAGGACGCUGUGUAGCAGUCUGUGGAGAAGGGCUUUUCAAAGCGUACCCACAGCGUGGCAGGUUUUACCUGUGCAGUCAAAGACGCACACGAGACCAACGUUCUGCAUCCAUCCAAGCACAAGCAAUUGUAUUUUAUUUAUGUGUUGAUUAUUGGGGAAGCUGGAGCUCUAAGAGGGGGAGGUGGUUUGAUGUUUGUCGCGUGGACAGAAGUCAGAGAAUCUAUGCAGUAAAGGUGAAUCUUAGGAAACUGAAGUUUACUUAGGAAGGGAGGUGAAACCUUCGUUAUGCAUAAGAGUAAACGUGAGAGUUUGGCCAUUCUCCUAGGAGAAGCAUUAAGUAACUGGUAGUUAUUAGACAAACACUUCUGUUAGUUUGCACACUGGGUUCAUUAAAAACCAUAGUACAUAUGAAAACCAUUGCACUAAUGAUGAUGCCACAAGCAGGUGUAGAAGAAAAAGGAAAAAGCCCAUGAAAUGUGUUUAUGCCGACUUGUUUUUGUCUAUUUUCGUAGGAAAACUUAAAAUCCACCCUGUCAACGUGUAUUUUAAAGAUGUUCUCUUCCAUUUUGCUUUGUCUUUUCCCUUUUCUCUUAGCGGAUGCUCAGUCACUGUUCUGAGUCCAUAUACCUCUAGCUGCUGAGCUGGGCCAGGAGCUUUAAGCAAGGCAGAGGUGUGUGCCAUGCAGCAGGGAGCCCGUAGCUGGCUGCUUGCUCAGUAAGCUAGAAGUGCCCAGCCUUUGCUGCAUUCAGAGUUUUAGGUACGUAACUCAGUGCAGAUUCCAAGCAUCACCUUGUAGCAGCGUGUUGGUGUCGUUCAGGUGAAACAACGAUGGCAGUCCUGCUAGCAGAUGUUUGUGUUGUUCUCGUUUGUUGGUUAGCCUGCCAGGUCAGACCUUUGUCUCGUGAUGUGAAUCUAGCUUUUAAAUGAUAGACAGUGUAACAGAAAGCAAACUCCACGUCGCGUUGUCUGUCUUCACGUUUUCCAGCAGCCAGGCUGUACGUGCCUCCCUUACACGUACUGCUCACCUGCAGAAGCUUUUUCACACUUGACACAUUGCACUUCUGUGUGUUUGCUUCGUGCGUUUCAGAUUUCAAUUCGGCAGAGUUUUAUAAGUGAAUUUAUUUUUAUAUGAAUUACUCUCAACAAAUACAAGGAAGAUCAAGCAUUUUAAAACUCCAGUUAUGUUAUUUGCUGCUUGUUACGCGGAGACCUCUUGGAUGUGAAUUUCGUCCUCCUUUUCCCUCUCUGUGCAGUUCUGGCAUAACUGACUUGGUGCAGAUGCCCAGAUGGGGUGAGGAGGACAGACAAGCUGUCUUGACCCCAAAUCUUAUUUCUGAAGCAGGUCACGGCACUCCCUGCACCCUCUGGUGGAUGCAUUCUUUGGGCUGGCAUAGUAGCUGUGCACUCUUGAUCUGAGAGUAGCCGUCAUCUGUGGGUCCUCUUGGAAUGAACAGAGAUUUCUGUGCAGUUUUCCUUCCCUGAGUGUGAAGAACUUGGGAUGGUUACAUGCAUUUCAGGCUGGAGGCGUUUCUGCCUUUCACUGAUUUUUUCAUCCUCUCUUACUGCUGAUUCUGCAGCUUGAUUUCUCCCUCCUUUCCCUUGCUGCCCCUUUUCCCCCAACUGGUGAAUAAUCAAAUAGUUUGAAGCCUUUUUCUAAAACAACAUUGAUGAAGGUACACAUGUAGAAAAGUGCAGUGUGCUGUAAACCCAGAAGCUAUCUUUCUGGCAGCAUUCCUGAAGUUCCAAGUAUUUCCUAUCCAAAAAGAGGAAGAAGAGGUUCGGGGGGAACGGCCGAACACCUCCAACCUUCCUGUUGGUAUUAUUUGCUUACCUCCCAUGUGUUUUGUCAGAACAGCACUAUCUCAGGUAAACACAAAGCUCCAGAUGUCUCUGCCUCGCAUGCGUUCCUGCUGUCGAAGUUGUAGCUGGGGUUGGCAGUUAUAACCACUGAGUCACUGUGCAGCUCAGGCCAGCAGUAACCAAACACGUUUUACCCUUUUGCAGUUGUGUUUUGAGCCGUGCAAAGGAGACGGCAGUGCAAAAGAGCACUGGGCAGGACCUCUUCCAUUGCAUUCCUUGUGCUCUCUGUUAUUUUCCUGGCAGUGACCUUCUGCUUGAAUUCAGCUGUUGGUGCAAGCUGUCGUGUGCUUAGCAGUCUGAAAGUUGAUACUGAUUGCACCCUGGUGACAAAAAUAUCUCAUUCCCAUUGCAGGCAGGAGCACCGUUACGGACAAACUGAUGCCAGUACUGCAGCAUUUCUUUGGUUUCAGAGCAGCUCACCUGUAAAAGACUGUGCUUGAGAAAUGGACAGGCAUUAAUGAGUUGCUAUGGAUUAGUCUUCUGGAGUUUGUACUGAAAUAAUAACACUAUAGGAACAAAAAUACUCCAGUACUGAAAUAGGUUGUGAAAUCUCUGUCCUUGGAGAGGCUCAGCCUUGGCUAGGUGUGGGGUUGGGCAUCUCCAAAGAGCCCUCUCAGAGCACAGGGUUCUGUGACAAUCCCCAUAUUAACAAAGAUAAAAUAUAAAGCUGUCUUUUCUCAUGUUCUGAAUGUAAUACAGUAUUGCUUAUUUUUAGAAAUUUCUGCUCCAGUGGCUCAAUAUGGAACAUCUACCCUGCAUCUUGUACCACCUGGGAAAUAGAGUUGAGUCAGUGCUUAGGAGGAAAUAUCUUAAUGUGAAACGUUGGAAGCAGGUGAAUUUGUCUCUGCCUUACGUGAUUUUGGCAUUUCAGAUAGCUGUAUGCAACGUUAACACUUCUCAUCUGUAUGCACUGAUGUAAGGUCACUUCUGUAUAUUAGAACUCCUUCUUUGGACUUGGUUCAAGUUAGAGUGUUCCAACUAUAAAAUUUGGAUUGCUGAGUUGCAGUCGUUGAUCUUCCAUGUUGCAGAAGUUUUGGUCAAUUUCCUCACGUUUAGGUCUGUCACAAGGAUUUGAAAUAACUGUGGAGGUUUUUCAGUGCCCAGGUAGCCUUAUGAAAAGAUGGAAGUUCCUUGUUAAGAUGCUUUUGAAGCUUUAUCAGAAGUCACGUGUGCUUGUGCAAAGAGACUUUGUAUUGAAAGCAGACUGGGAUACGGAGUGCUUUGCACACAGCUGCCAACACUAUUUCCUUACUGCAGCAAUAAAUGGUCGUGUGCAUCUCUCCUAAAAACCCCAGUCUUUUUCAUACCAGUGUGCUGGAGACUUCUUGUGCUGGAAGAGCAGGUGUGAGUGGGGCCAUCUUGGUGUCACCCCAUAAGAAUUUAUGGUGGCACAGAUAUAUUUUACAUAGAAAAAAGGAAUGUAAAAAAGUUCUGUUAGUCACACUUGAUACCAGUGAAAUAAAUUAACUUUUCCUAUUUGUUUUAAUACUUUUCUCUUUCAGUAACCUCUUUGUGUGUGUGUGUGUGUGUGUGUGUGUGUUUGUCUGUCCUGACCCGUGUGCUUUCUCAAUUUCUAAUACAGAACAAUACAUUUUUUUACCUUUAUAUUACAUUUGGCAAUGGGCUUCUUGUUGCACUCUUGCAGUCUUUUCUAAGGAAAACUUUAAGUAGGAGGCAAUUGCACUGAUUGUUUUUAAUCUCUCUUUUUACUGUAAGACGUUUUUGGCAUCUGCUGUAGCUGUUUAAAAAUACUGUAAAUAGUGCUCUGUAUAGCAGAUAUUGAAACGCUGUGGAUCUCAGUCCUUGUACUUCCAUUGUAGGAAUACUCUCAUAUUCUACAGUAUUGAGAUAAGAGCUUUGGUUUUUCAGUGUUGUUGUACUUGGUUUGCAUUCUGGUAUGAAUCCAAGGGCACAGUUGCUUUCUCACGUGUUUCCUGGCUUCUUUCAGCAUUUGAUUCCUGCCUUGUGUUGAGAAGAACCAACCUCUGUGGCAGAAUUAGUAGAAUCGUGGGGCAUUGGGAUGGAAGUUACUAUGCUGGGAUGCAGAACAGCAAGUUUUGUCCCCAGUGACUGGAAAGGUGCAUCCCCCCAAAGAUGCCCUCAGUCUGAUGGAGGUGGGGUUUGCAGUGUGCGCGUGGUGUGGUGCGCAAUCAGUUUUAUGCUUCAGUUGCUUUUCUUGUGUUGUUUUUUUUGCUUGAAGUGUUAAUAUGAAUGUAAUGGCUUGGCCAAAUCACUACAAAAGGUGUUUUUAUAGGACUCUUAGUUAGCAAGCAGAUGCAGUUCAAGGCUACCUCCUGUGUUCCUCUGCAGAUAGAUUAAUUUGUGAAGUGAACCUACUACUACAGCAGCCAAAAUGCUCCCAGAUCAACCGUAUUCUUGUUAUGUAUUCUGCUUUGUUCCUUGCUGGAGAGCUGCUGGUGCCAUACUGUGAUCUUGGAUGUCUUCCUGAGGUGUCCAUGCCAAAGUGGUUGUUGAAGUCUCAGAACUAGCAAGAUAGAUCUCAUCCAGCACGCCUGCUUCCAUGCAGUCCCUUUACCUUCUGCCCAUUCUCUUGCUGAGUUGAUAUACUGUUGUUUCCAGAUGAGAAGCGUUUUCAUAGUUUAGCCAUUGGCUGAAAAAUACUAUCAUGUUUUCAUUGCAAAUGACAUGAAGGUGCUUGAAAAUAUAUUUUGAAUCUGAGGUAAAAAAAAAAAUAUAUAUAUAUAUAUAUAUAUGAGUAUUUUUUUAACACUUUUUGGAUAAGUCGAUGUGAGACUGUAACGUUGAGAAUUAUUCCCUGCUCAGACCACAUUUGAUAAACUUUGAAGUGGAGAGAAAAAGAUUUGGAGUAUUGUUUGUAUUGUGACUGCUUGGUGUGUCAGUUUGGUGCAGAGCCUCGGCUGUAACUCAGUCCUGAAGUAAGCGCACGCCAACUAAAGGUGCUUUACAUAACCUGAAUAGAAACUGUAGAAAACUGUGUUAAUGCAUCACUGUUUAUGAUGCAUCCAAACAAGCUUCCUCGUUUUGUAAUUAGCCACUCUGCUGACAGAAAUGUUUCCUGGUUGUGCUCAGUGUGCUGGUGUGCUUUCAUAGCGCUCUUCUAGCUUACGGGCUUUGUGCUCUGGAAGUGAGCAUUUCAGAAAGAAGUUAGCCCAGGAUUGCUUGCUGUCUUCAAUGUCUUCAUCUUUAGCCACCGAUGUGAAUGAUGCUUAUUUCUGGCAGGGAUGAUUGCUGAUGUUCUGGUUUGUGGAAGAAUUCUUAUUGAGCAGUGGUGAGUGACUGAAUAAAUAAGUUCAUAUAAUAACUAAAGGGAUGAUGUCCGAAACACUCUUUCCCAUUUGCUGUUAUAACUUAACAAGGCUCCCUGCAAAAGCAUGAAGUGUUUUGCUCUAGGGGAAAUGGCUCCUUUCAGAAAAUACUUUGCUGUGUCUUGCUGUUAGGAAUCCACAGACACUGUUGGCACUGCUGUGGCUUUGAAGAGGUUUCAGGGCACUGAACUUCUCUGUGAGAAAAACCUUACACAACAAGGAGAGGAACAUUGUGUGCUUCAUAGGAAGGUCUGCAAACCUGAAAGAGCAUCAGGAGGAGCCCAGCACUGGAUGUCUAAUAUUGAGAAAUGCCAUCUGUGCCAUGCAGCUACCCCAUCCUUUGUGGAAAUAAGGCAAAGUGAAACACUAUGCACAACCCUGACCCCAGAAAGGCAGUGUUGGUGGGUAGGCUCCUGGAAGCUAGGCUCUGCUUUUAGCCCUUGGUAUUGCAGAGGAUUUAGGAUUUGGUUGGAGUGAAGACAGGGACAUGUGCUGAAUUUGUAGGUGAGAGGUUGGUGGGAGCUGCUCUUGGAGUUUUGCACUUGGCAGCGCUAGAAAUGUGAAUGGCUGCUGCUCUUUUCCUUCUUUUUAAACAUCUUCAGAAGAAGAACUGUUUACAAUUUGUCCCUGUACUGCCUCAACAGAUGCAUCUUAAACUACCUGUGGCAGCUCUCCAGCCAAUCAGCCUACCCAGCGUUCUGAAGAGCCUCCAGUUGGCAUCAGAAGGCUGUGUUAAAGGGUGUGUUUGUUUGUAAAUAGUGGCUUUGUGUGCACAGAUUGCCUCCCCCAGCCUUUUGGAUGUGCUGUUCUCAACUGAAAUACCAGCUGGAAUAGCUGCUAUCUCAGCAGCAGUUACAGAUAUGACUUAACCUCAGAGUAAAUUUAUGAAUUGGCCCUAAAGCAUAAAUUUAAACAUAUAAGAUCCUGAAAAAUGAGUUGAGACAUUUCUGCCCAUUUUGGUUUUGAGUGUGCUUGGCAAACAUGAGCAGUGGGAAGGUCAGCAAUCGAGCUCGGGAAUUUCUGGUCCCCUCUCUGGUUCCUUGGUUAGAUUUCUCAUCAGAAAAAUGCUUGUGAUGUGGAUUCUGUUCUUUCUUUAUCAGCUUUUCCUGUUCCCGCAUAUACAGACAGGAAGCUUCGUUCUUAUCAGGGUAUGUAAAGCUGUGUGGUUGUGCUUGUCAUGCACACAGCUCAAAGCAGAUGUGGUCCAUGCUGUAUGGGCACGGGCACCUGGCAGCGGAUGGGAUCGAGCCCAUCAGACGUGGACACAACAGGCAGAGAAGCGUGUGUCCACGUUUCACUAAUAUUAAUUCUGCAUCAUCUGGAAGUGGUCAGAACCCACUGUUACUGUGCUAUAAAAAAGAGGUAAUGCUGACCCUGGUUCUUUUGUUCCUCAUUUUCUCAUUAGACAUGUAAGGCUGAACCUUAAAUUUCUCAUCUCGUUUACAAGUGACAAUGCUGUCAUUUUAUCUUAAAUACCAUGUCUCCAAUUGCCUGCCUGACUUGAAUCUUUAAUUGAUCUUAAAUUACCUCUCAGUGUUUAAUCCCCAGAAUGCCUCUAAAUUAAAUGAAGAUUGUUGUAUGUGCCCAUUUUUUAUUACCUAGUGUUUAACAGCAGAAAUAGUUUGUGUUUUCUUGAUUAUAUGGAGGGAAGGGUGAGAUAAUGUGUGAAUUUGCUCAUGGAAGAAGAUGGACUUGAGGAGUAAUUACUGGUAGACUGUCUGGGAAAGCAGCACAUCAUAUGGGGGAAGCAGAAGCAAAACA